CUCCUGUUCCGCGCGGUUCGGAGAAACGGGACAAGGACUUGGAGAGAAUUGAAUCAAACCGAGGCUUAUUCUGAUCUCAAUCGUCAUCUUCGACCGUCGAUCAAGAACAACUACUCUUAUCUUCGUUCUCUGUAGCGGAGCCCUAGUUGCCAUCGUCUAUAAGUUGCAUCAGUGAGAUUGCCUGGUUUAUUUUGUUCAAAUACAAAUGAUAGUGUCUGCAGCGUCGAGCAAGGCUAGUUUACUCUCAGCUUGUUUGACUUUGAGUUUAUAUUCAUCCAACCUGAGUUCAUGACAUGAUGUCAGGCACCGGGGAAAGAUAUCUCCAAGAUGAUGCCGAUGAAGCAGCUGAUGAAAAUGGCAAGCAGUCCAGCGCACAAGAGUGGACGGUAGCUAUCGCUGCAAAAGGUGAGGAAGGAGUCAUGACUGGUUCAUCAAACGCAAUCCAUUGCUCUAUUGUCAUGAGCAUUGGGAAGAUUUGCAGGUGCUCUUUUUAGUAUCCAAAGAGAGUUAACAAAGCAUAUAUUGUAAAGGGCCUCUGUGAAAAGUCAGGAAGGAUGGGUGUUUGACGACCUGACUUUUUCGAAGGUCGGUGGGACAUGGGGGCCUCACCUCAUGCAUCCGUUUAAAGUAGAGGAAGUAUAUACAGAAUUAGCAAAAGUUGAGAGUAGGUCAACCAAUUUAUUUGAAGAUUCUGAUCGUUGAAUUUCUUAAACUGGAGUUGCUAGUUCAACUGCAACCGCCUGAUCGGAGGUGUCCCCUUGUUGCAAGUAAUCAUACAGCCAAGAAUUUACAGAUGCAUAAUAGCAAUUGAAGUAUUGAAGAGUACAGUAUGUAAACAUUAGACGGCAUGUUAUAUUUAAUAUUAUUUUGACAAUUUUAUUUAUGUUUGAAAUGAUAGCUAUUCUUGUAGUUGUAAACAUGUGAAAAGUUCAUUUCUUGUUUGAUUGAUUGGAAAAGGAGACGAAAAAACGAAGUUAAUUGGGUUCUGAAUUUUCUUCCUCUUUGGGAUUUGAUAAUUGGCCCCUGCAAAAUGGACUAUUGCUGUAUGAUAACUUGAGCAACCAAAGAAAGAAGAUCCUUCGCCUGAGAGACUUGUAACCCGAGCCAUCUCUCGUUAUGAACAAUUGGGCGUCUCUCAUGUAUCUCAAGCCGCCAUGGUAGGUGGCCUUUGAUUCUUGCACCUUCAAAUUAUGACUCGAGCUUCAAUGGCGGAACAUCACCCUUCGGAUAUUCAAAUCAUGGUCAAUUCCCGGCAAGGUACUGCAAUACAUCCUGUAGAGGUGGAUGCCCAGUCGUUGCAAGCGUCGGGUUCAAUUGCUUACAGGGAAGUCAAGCAAUUCAAGAAAUGGAUCUCUUGGUUAAUUCCGUCAUUUGUUAUAGCCAAUAUUAUUAUGUUCAUUAUCACCAUGUAUGUUAAUAAUUGCCCUAAGAAUUCAGUCACUUGUAUUGCUCGAUUCUUGGGUAGAUUCUCUUUCCAGCCCCUAAAAGAAAAUCCUCUGCUUGGACCUUCAUCUUUAACGCUACGGAGUAUGGGUGCAUUAGAAGUUAAUAAAGUGGUUCAUGGAGACCAACUGUGGCGUCUCGUCACGUGUAAUUGGUUACAUGCCGGUGUUUUUCAUUUAUUGGCGAAUAUGUUGAGUCUCUUAGUCAUUGGGAUUCGUCUUGAACAAGAAUUUGGAUUUAUACGGAUUGGCUUGCUAUAUGUUAUAUCUGGAUUUGGUGGGAGUCUGUUGUCUGCUCUGUUCAUCCAGUCAAACAUCUCUGUCGGGGCUUCUGGUGCCUUGUUUGGGUUGCUCGGAGGAAUGCUUUCUGAACUCAUCACUAACUGGACGAUAUAUUCUAAUAAGGUACCAGCUCUUCUUACUCUGUUGGUCAUUAUAGCGAUCAACUUGGCAGUAGGAAUUCUUCCUCAUGUUGAUAAUUUUGCUCAUAUUGGAGGAUUUAUUUCUGGAUUUCUUCUGGGGUUUGUAUUUCUCAUUCGCCCGCAGUUUGGAUGGGUUAGCCGAAGAUAUACUUCUAUAACAAAUUCUUCCAUCCCCGUCGAACAUAAAUUCAAGACAUAUCAAUGCGUAUUAUGGAUCAUUUCGGUAAUACUUCUGAUUGCCGGGUUCACCGUUGGCCUGGUUUUACUUCGUCGAGGAUUUGAUGCAAACCGUCAUUGCUCUUGGUGCCAUUAUUUGUCUUGCGUUCCUACUUCCAAAUGGAGCUGUAAUUCAGAACCUACAUACUGUUUGUCACAUCAGGUAGGCAACCAGUUGAAUCUGACGUGCUCGAGCAACGGCAAAUCCGGGACGUAUAUUCUCCCAAAUGCGUCAAACUCUGAGAUACAAGGUUUGUGUUCUGGGCUUUGUAACUGAUUGAAUGUAAACCCAGACCCCUUCAGGAAAAUCAUCAUCCCCUUGGACCACAUGUUUCAUCCUGCAAAUACGCCUCUCUUCUUUCUGUAUAUGCUGUUUUUUCCCCUCCACAGCCGUGUGUGAAGUCAUUUCAUCAGGUUUCAUGAAUCCAGCUUCAAACACACAUUUUAGUCAUCAGGGCUCGGAACUGAAUGAAAAAUGGCUUUGCCGCAUGUUAUU